CGUUUUCGUCUUCGCCUCGAAUCGUUUCGUUUCGUUUCGUUCUGCGCGCAUUGGAAGAGGAAGUUCACACAGAAACUGGAAUUAAAAUUGGAAUUGGAAGUAUUGGCGUUCUGGAAGUAACAGCCAACAGCAACAGCAGCAGCAGCGACAGCGGCGACAGCGCAGCAGCGAGUUUGUUCUUCAGUUUCUUGACGGUUCGCGGUUGCGUGAUAUAGCCUGGAUAUCACUCCGUUCAGUCGAAGGCUUACAGUGAACGCGACGAAAAGUGCCAACGGUUCUUCGGACUCUCAACAAAGAGCAUAGAGAAUAGCAUCAAUCGCGUUCGAUAUCGCUUUUGCUCAAACUAACCCAGUAAACACAUCUUGAAGUGAAUAUGGCCAAAAUCAUUUUGUUUUGUGUGCUCAGCCUUUUGGCAUGCGCUGCAGGUCAACGCAUUACAACCAUACAUCUGGAUGGCGUGCAGUACUUCAUCAGUCGGAUGAAUCCCUAUUCGCCGGAACUGAACUACUUCCUGGCCUAUCAGUACUGUCGAUCCCUGGGCCUGCAGUUGGCCUCGUUCGAGACGAAGGAGAAGGCCGAAUCGAUGACCACGUAUCUGAAGAAUGCCGGCUAUGGUAACUACGAUUUCUGGACAUCCGGAAAUCGCUUGGGCACGGGAAUGUUCCUAUGGAUGAGCACCGGUUUGCCGUUUAAUGCCACAUUCGAUUUCUUCGAGAACUCGGCCGAUGCCAUCCAGGCUGGCCUCCUCGAUCCUGUCGAUCACAACAGCAACACCUCUCCCCAGCGCACAGCACGCGACAGCAGCAGUGGUGCCGAGAAGGGCUGCGUCAUCCUCAAGCAGCCGACGCUCAAGUGGAUGCCCGAGGACUGCUCGGACGUCAAGGACUUCAUUUGCGAACAGACCCGUUGCUAUUACUACAACUAUGGCAGCAUUCCGGUCUCUUCUGCGCAGGGACGCCCCAUCACCUCGACGACACCGCGUCCGCCCGUCUCGCUGCUCAAUCUGGCGACAACGACACCGCUGCCACUCAUCAUGUCCACCAGCGGCAGCAUGUUCGCCAAGGCAAAGUCAUCGGUGGGCGAUAAUGCCGCGGAUGCCUCGCAGCAGCCAUCGACUGUGUGGUUCAAGCUGAAUCACGAUCGUUCGCUGGUGGAUGCCCCAACUGCUGAUAUGGAUGCUGAGCUCGAGGCGGAUGUGGAGGAGCACGACGAUGCUGAUGGCGAAACCGAUUUCGAUGAGCACGAACAGGAGCACGAACACGAACACGAGCAUGAACACGAUGCCAGCGAUGUGUCCAAUGAGCAUGCCCGUGAGCUGAACGAUGCCGACGAUGUGAAGGAGCAUGUGUUCCCAUUGAACGACAACGAACUGCACAACGAAAUGCAUUCGAUUGAGGAGCUGCAGUUGCAAUUGCAAGCGCAUGGCAACGACGAGGAACAUCAAGAGGCCGAUGAGGAUAACCAGGAGACAUCUGAUGACAACAGCAGCGUCGAACAUGAGGCUGAAGUCGAACAUGAAGUCGAACACGAAGCUGAGGCGGAGACGGACUCUCACAAUGAUGUGCCAGCUCCAGCUGUAGCUGCACCUCCAGCUCCAGCGGUCACAAUGCCCAGCUCCACGGAGUCGCCCGGCAUUGAGGUGCGUCUCAAGCAGAUUGCGCAGGACUUUGAGAAGAUGACCAGUUCCCAAGAGUUACAGCGUGCCUCUGCCGUCAGCAAAGAUGAGAUCACGCCUCAGUCUUCGCUGUCGCUGAGCGAUCUGAUACGCACGUUGCGUCCCAAUGAGCAGCAGAUCAUUCCCCAGAUCGAUUCGGACUACUCGAAUGCCAUGCGUGUGCUCGGCAAGACUUCGGCUGUUGUCGUCAACAACAACAACAACAACAACGAUGAUUCGCGCAAGUUCAAGGUGCUGCCGGAGCCGCAUAGCUAUUAAUCGUAAUCUCCUCGUAAUCGAUAAAUGCUAUCGUCUAUCGUAAUCGCUCUCCAGGUGUAUUUGGCGGGGGGCCUCUGUCCCGGGUUCCACUGAGGAAUGCUCAUUUUCUAUUUGAAAAUGGCACUUCUCUCUGCGGACCUGCGACAGACUAGACGAUGACUUUUUCUAGCACUAGCAUUAUCGAGUAGCUAUCGAUUAGUUAUCGCAUUAAGAGCAACUUAAUUACUUACGAUUUACCUAACUAUUAUAUUAUGCUUUAAUUGUAUGACAAAAACAAAACACAAAACACACUCUUGAUUAAUAAAACGAAUUUGGUAAAUGUAAAA